AUGAACGGUGUACACAAGGGACUCUCGACAAGAAUGGAAGAGUGCUCUCCGCUCGGUAUCUACGUCCACUGUUAUGGACAUGUGCUCAACCUUGCCCUUCAAGAUACUAUGACACAGAUUGAACCAUUGCAAAACGCUCUGGGAAUUAUCCAGGCUCUGUACAACUUUUUAGAAGCGAGUCCCAAACAACGCGCCUUGUUUAGUGACACAGAAGUACAAGGUGAGGAUCUAAAACUGAUGCUGAAGUCAUUAAGUACCACGCGAUGGUCAUGCCGGUGGGAAGCCACAAAGGCCGUACACGGGCAAAUGGAACGGAUCGUAAAAGCCCUGCUCACACUGCCUUUAGACAAAGAUCCAAAAACCUACUCUGAGAGCAGAGCCUUAUUGAACGCCAUUUUCGACUUGGAGUUUGUCUUUGGACUGUGUGUACUGAAAGUAAUCCUCAGCAACACUAAUAGUCUGUGCUGA